UCUUUUUUGGGCAAUCCGGCUUUGUUGUUUUCAAAAGCCUCCGCCCUCGCAUUUAAUCCCCCACCAACGGUUUUCGACCCGUCGACUGUGGGAGGUUCGUUUCGAUCAACACCACCGCCACCGCUAGACAGGCGUGCGCUAUCUAUCCUUAUCUGGUCGGGUUUGCAGCGUUUUAUCGAUAGAGAGCAUUAGAGAAAAGGACAAACCGCCAUCAUGCCUCCCAAGAAGCAGAACAAUGAGCCCAAGAAGAAGAAGGCCACGGUCGAGGACAAGACCUUUGGCAUGAAAAACAAAAAAGGUGCCCAGGCCAAGAAGCAGAUCGAACAAUUAAGAACCCAGGAGAAGUCGAACAAAUCCGCUGAUGUGAAGCGGAAAGAGGCCGAGAAGGCCCGUCGUGAGGCUGAGAAGAAGGCCGCCGAUCAGGCGAAGAAGGAGGCGGCCGAGCUGUUCAAGCCUGUGCAGGUGCAGAAGAUUCCCUUCGGUGUGGACCCCAAGACCGUUCUGUGUGUCUUCUUCAAGCAGGGCAAUUGUGAAAAGGGAAAGAAGUGCAAGUUCAGUCACGAUCCGAAUGUGGAGCGCAAGGCUGCUAAGAAGGAUCUGUACACCGAUUCCCGAGACGUGAAGGCCACGGAAGAAGAGAACAAGAAGAAGGAUACGAUGGACGACUGGGAUGAAGAGAAACUGCGCAACGUCGUCCUCAGCAAGCACGGAAACCCUAAGACGACUACUGAUAAGGUCUGCAAGUUCUUCAUCGAGGCGGUCGAGAACCAGAAGUACGGUUGGUUCUGGGUCUGUCCCAAUGGAGGUGACACCUGCAAGUAUAAGCACAGUUUGCCCCCUGGAUUCGUCCUGAAGACAAAGGAGCAGCGUGCGGCUGAGAAGGCCUUGAUGGACAAGUCUCCGCUCAACACCCUAACGCUAGAAGACUGGCUUGAAAGCGAACGACACAAGCUCACGGGCAAUCUGACACCGGUCACCCCGGAAACCUUCGCCGAGUGGAAGAAGCAGCGUCUGGACAAGAAGCAAGCCGAAGAACAAGCCCGCAAGGCCAAGGAAGCCACUGGACGAACAUUGUUUGAGAGCGGUAACUGGCGUGCCGAGGAUGAGAGCAGCGAUGAGGAGGAUGACGACGAUAGCUUCAACCUGGCUGCCCUCCGCAGGGAGACGGAACGGAUCCGGGAACAGAAGGAAGAAGAACGGCUGGCGAGACUGCAUGGGACACCGGUACCGAUUUCGAACGACGAAACCAUUGCACAGGAGGGUGAAGGCUGAGCGUGUGCGAUCCCCCCAAGAAACUGCGACGCUUGGGCUUUCGGGCAGCGCCCCCACCCUGGAAUCGGUGAACCAGGCCUUUGUCCGGGCCCGCAGUGUUGAUCUCCUGGAUGAUAGAUACAAUGUUGUUUAUCUUUGGUCGCUCAUCUUACCGAGUAAUCACUUGUAUUGGUCUCCUCGACUGAGGGCUGCGGUUAACGUGUGACGUUUUGUGUGUCAUCUUUGAUCGUGAACUCCGGCCAAGCCGGUUUCAUGCCCAAAGAUUCUAGAAGACAACAGCCGUGUACACAAGAUUGAGAUAGAUCGUGUGUCGUGCAUUUCAUGGCGGAGUGAAGGACACCAUUUGUUAUGUCCAGGUUUUGUACGUAAAAAAGAACGUUCGUUG